AAAUAAACUAUUUCACCCAUCUCUUCUUCCUUAAAUCUCACUCUCUUUUUUUAUUUUUAGCAAAUGCUUGACCAUCACUAGUGUCCACUACUUAUUUUAUUUUAUUUUAAUUAUUUAUUUAUUUAAUUUUGUGAUUUUUUCCAUUGCUAAGUUUCUUUCAACUUUCCAGGAAUUGUUGUCUCGCCGCCAGCUACCAACCAAUGCCAAUGUUCGGCUAAAUUCAAGAAUCAAUGAAACUAAAUCUAAAACUUCAUCCAAAGUAAACACAAGGUCUUCUUCUAUUGUUAAUGUUCGGUGUAACUGCAUCAUUAGUUAGGCUUAGACGUAUUUGUUCUUCGUUCUUCCCUUUAUCUUCAGUUCUCUUGUUCGUUGCCACCCACAAUGUCUUCUCCUACUUUGUUUUUUCUUGUCCUUAAUUUGGUUCUUCAAGUUUUGAGUUCUGUGUCCGCAAAUGAAUUUGUCUACAACAGAAACUUCAACUCCUCUAACGUGAAACUCUAUGGGAAUGCCACCAUCCAGAACUCAGUUCUCACGCUCACAAACAAAACUUUCUUCUCCAUAGGACGUGCCUUUUACCCUCACAAAAUAAAAACGAAGCCAUCGAACUCUUCCACCGUUCUUCCCUUUGCAACUUCCUUCAUCUUCUCUGUUGCCCCUUGUGAGAACUUCCCUGUUGCUCAUGGUUUUGCUUUUGUUUUCACCCCGGUGAUGGCCGUAAAUGGAGCACUCUCGGGGAACUACUUGGGUCUGUUUAACCGCUCCACUUCAGGUAACUCCUCCAACCAUGUUUUUGCGGUUGAGUUUGAUGAUUUUAGGAACGAGGAGUUCAACGAGGAGAAUGAUAAUCAUGUGGGUGUGGACUUGAAUUCGAUGAUUUCUGAGUAUUCUGAGCCUGCUGGGUUCUGGGGUGGGAGAGAGGGCGAGGAAUGGGAGGAUUUGAAACUGGCUGAUGGUAGAAAUUAUCAGGUUUGGAUUGAGUUUGAGGAUUCGGUGAUUAAUGUUACUAUGGCACCAGCAGGGAAAAAGAAGCCUCGCAGGCCUUUGAUUAGUAAACCUAUUAACCUUUCUUGGGUCUUGUUGGAUGAAAUGUAUGUGGGGUUUUCUGGAUCAACAGGGAGAAUGGUGGACUAUUGUAGAAUCUUGGCUUGGAGUUUUAGCAAUACCAACUUUUCAAUUGGUGAUGCUUUGAACACCAAGCAUUUACCCGUGUAUGUGCAUCCAAAAACGUUGCUGUUUAGAACAAAUGGUUUCAUCAUAGGUGUAACUUUCGGGGCAUUUUUCAUGGGGGGUUUCUGUGCUUUGGUGUUUUUCUGUAGUUUGUUCAAAACCAGAAAGGAAGAGAAGCAGGAAAAUUUUGAAGACUGGGAAUUGGAGUAUUGGCCACACAGGAUUAGCUAUCAGGAGAUCUGUGAUGCAACAAGUGGAUUCUCUGAAGAGAAAGUGAUUGGGAUUGGAACGAGUGGGAAAGUAUACAAGGGAGUUUUGAAGGGAGUAGUAGUUGCGGUGAAGAGCAUCAAUCACGAGACACAGCAUGGAAUGAGAGAGUUUCUGGCAGAGAUUUCAAGUCUUGGCAGAAUGAAGCACAGGAAUUUGGUGGGUUUCAGAGGUUGGAGCAAAAGAAAAGGAGGAAAACUUAUACUGGUUUAUGAUUACAUGGAGAAUGAGAGCUUGGACAAAAGGAUCUUUGAGUGUGAAGAGGCAAUGCUGCUGAGCUGGGAAGAAAGAGUUAGAGUUUUGCAAAAUGUAGCUGAUGGGAUUUUAUACCUGCAUGAGGGUUGGGAAGUUGAGGUCUUGCAUAGGGACAUCAAAGCUUGUAAUGUACUACUUGACAAGGACAUGAAUGCUAGAUUGGGGGAUUUUGGGCUUGCAAGGCUGCAUCGCCAGGAACAUGUGGCAGACACAACAAGAGUGAUAGGGACUCUGGGGUACAUGGCACCAGAACUAGUUCGAAUUGGGCGACCGACGGCGGCGUGUGAUGUGUUCAGCUUUGGAGUAUUGGUUCUAGAAGUGGUGUGUGGGAGAAGACCAAUCAUAGCAGAUCAGCCACCAUUGGUUGAUUGGGUGUUUUCCCUUAUAGAGAAAGGGGAGUUGAAUUGUGCUAUUGAUGAGCGUUUGAAGGGUCAAAGUGGCUAUAAUGCUGAGGAAUCUGAGAGGAUGCUUCAUUUGGGUUUGUUAUGUGUAGGUGAUGAUCCUGUUUCUAGGCCAACAAUGAGGCAAGUGGUGAAAACUUUGGAGGGAAUAAAAUGCACCGAGUGCAAUGAAGAGUGCAUCCAUUUGGGUCUGCUUGGAAAAAUAAACUCAGCAGCAUCAUGGUCUAAAAGUUCUACAAGUUCUUCCUAUGUAAAUUAUCCUACCUUUGAUGAAAUUUUGCAGACCAAGUUUUAUUCUACAGCAUCUUUAAGCGUCUCUUGUCCCAGCCCACAGCCACAGUCAGAGUUUGUCUCAGAAGGAAGGUGAGACCUGCAAUUGAUUAAACCACUAUGUUAAUAUUGAACUUGCAAAGAGCUAAUGCUGCUGUGAUCAAGUUACAAACAUGUGUAAAGUUCGAGCACUUGUUGCUCCAAAUGUCCGAGUUUCGCUAAAAUAGUGAUCUCAAGUCUCAACGACUGAUGUAGCUAAGAUUUGCAUAAAGUUGGGGUGUUUUUUUUUC